AUGAAGCUCACUUCCAUUGUUGGCGCGAUCCUUUGCGCCGAGGUUGCUCUUGGUGCGCGAUUUACUGAGAAGCGGCGUGAGCGCGCUGCCCAGCGUGCUUCCAAGCGGGCUCUAUCCCGUACAAGUCUGCCAAAGAUUGCGGCGGAUGAUGGUGUCCUCGAAACCUUUGAGACUGGCAACGAGACCGCCCAUGUCGAUUACUCCACCAACUGGGCCGGUGCUGUAUUGAUCGGCUCGGGCUAUAAGUCCGUCACCGCAACGUUCGUAGUCCCAACUCCAUCGGUUCCCUCCGGUGGUAGCUCGAGAACCGAGUAUGCGGCCAGUGCCUGGGUAGGAAUCGAUGGAGAUACCUGCCAGACGGCUAUUCUACAGACUGGUGUGGACUUCUAUGCUCAGGGAAGUUCAGUGUCGUUCGAUGCAUGGUACGAAUGGUACCCAGAUUAUGCCUACGACUUCUCUGGCAUCACCAUCAGUGCCGGGGACACUAUCACCAUUACCGUGACAGCUACUUCGACAAAGGCCGGCACUGCCACCGUUGCUAACAAGUCUACGGGCAAGACCGUCACGCACACGUUCUCGUCACAAUCUGCUGCAUUGUGCGAGACGAACGCUGAGUGGAUAGUUGAGGACUUCAGCUCCGGGAAUUCCCUUGUUCCUUUCGCCGACUUUGGCACCGUUACGUUCACUGGGGCUUCCGCCACAACCAGUAGCGGAACUGUUGGGGUUAGUGGUGCAACUAUCCUUGACAUCAAGCAGAACAAUAAAGUUCUGACUGAUUGUUCGACCUCGGGCUCUUCAACUGUCCAGUGCACCUAUACCGGUUAA